AUGCACGCUGACUGCAUACGACUAACGACUGCAAUUAAUAAGAAGAAGGAGUUAAUAACUACGAUGGGCAUCUGUUUUUCGUUGGAUUGCGGCGACUGUGACGUUUGCUGCAACCCCUGUUGUAUGGCUUUGAGCGCCUGCUGUUUGGUACCUUGCCUUUGUCCAAACGCGUGUGGACAACAACGACCGCCUCAGACAGUCGUGGUACACCAUCCACCAGUAGUCUUUGAACAGCCACCACCGCCUCCGCCAGGCUAUCCGUACCCACCGCCGCCGCAAGGACAUCCGGGAUAUCCAGGGUACCCGCCGCAACAGCCUGCAUAUUAUCCUUAUCCUCAAGCCAGAUAA